CCUUUCGCCAUGGCACCCCAUCAGAGGGAGGUCCCUCCCGCCUCUCGCCCAGAGGACAUGAAAGUCCUGUGAUUGGGCAUGUCCCGCACCGGAACCAUGUCGUUGUAUGUCGCACUCAAAGAACUAGGCUAUGCAUGCUACCACAUGGUGAAAUGUUCCCUCGACAAUAGCAACAAUUCCCUAGGCAAUUGGAACCAAGCCAUCGAGGCGAAAUACCACGGCAAGGGACGCGCCUUUCAAGGCAGUGCCGAUUUUGACAGGAUGCUCUGGCGAUAUGAUGCCGUCACCGACAUCCCCUGCAUCCUCUUCGCCGAAGAAUUGAUAGAUGCAUACCCCAACGCGCAGAUUAUUCUGACCAACCGAAAUAUCGACACUUGGGCGAUUUCAGUGGAACGCUCCUUCAUGUCUAUUCUAACAAUGAAACGCUGGAAGCUUCUGGAGAGGCUUGACACCGUUUGGACCCGCCCCUACAUCAAACUCCUCACCUCCGCUCUCGACAUCUGGACCGACGGAAACUGGAAAGAUCGUAGUCGCUUAAUGGCAAGCUUCAAGGACCACUAUGAGCAUGUCCGCGAGGCAGCGCAGGCGCGGGGACGACCAGUGCUGGAGUACCGAGUGCAUGAGGGCUGGGGACCGCUGUGCAAGUUCCUGGGUAAGGAGCAGCCUGAUCGCCCUUUUCCGAAGGUGAAUCAGGGGGAUUGGACUGCGCAGUAUCAUGUUGUUGUGUUUUGGUGGGUGUUUUUGACGAAAGUGUGGUGGGUAUUGGUGUCUUUUGGAUUGUCGCUGGUUGUUGUUUUGGUGGCUUGGUGGGUUAGGUCUAGUGAAUGAUGGAUGGAAGCAGAUAUGGUAGCAGG